AUGGUUUUCAAUUCUCUGGUACAGACACGUCGUUUUUUAUCAAGUUCUAAGUUAUAUGAUGUUGUUGUUGUUGGUGGAGGAAUGGUUGGAAAUGCAAUGGCAGCGGCAUUAGGAUCAUCACCAGUCAUGAAAGAAUCAAACAUUCUACUUCUAGAAGCAGGAAAAACUCAAAAACUUUCUAAACCAUCAGAAGUAUUUAGCAAUCGAGUUUCAGCUGUAAGUCCUGCAUCAACUAAUCUUUUUAAAAAUUUAAAUAUAUGGGAUGAUAUUUUAAAGUAUCGUGUUGGUCCUGUACAAGAAAUGCGUGUAAUGGAUGAUUGUUCUCAAUCAAAUAUAUUUUUUGAACCAGAUUUAUCUUCUGAAGUUAUUGCACAUAUUAUUGAGAAUAAUGUUAUCAUAGGAUGUUUAUAUAAUAAAAUUUCUAAACUUAAUAAUGUUGAAGUAAAGGAAGAAAUUCGUGUUACUGAUAUUCAACUUCCUUUAACAAUUGGUGAUUUAGCUAAAAUUAAACUAAGUGAUGGAAGUUCAAUAUCAACAAAUCUUGUUAUUGGAGCUGAUGGAUUUAAUUCUUUAGUAAGAAAGGCAAUGGGAACAAAUUAUACAACAUGGAAUUAUGAUCAAAUGGGAAUUGUUUGUACACUUAAAAUAAAUACUGAUGGUUUCAAAAAUAAUACAGCUUGGCAACGUUUUACACCAUUAGGUCCUUUAGCUUUAUUACCUCUUAAUGAUAAUUUUAGUUCUCUUGUAUGGACGACAUCUACUGAAAAUGCUAAGAGACUAUUAAAUUUAAAUGAAGAAGAUUUUAUUAAAGAAUUAAAUUACCAUCUUCAAACUGAAUCAAAGCAAAAUUCUUGUGUUAAUCAAACUUUGUUUUUGUUUGAAAAAUUUAUAAAUAAUUUGCCAUUAGGUUCAGCUUCUGAGAAAGCAUCUCUUAAUACAAAUGUCAAAAUUCCUAGUGUAUUAUCUUUACAGACAGAUACACGUGCUGCAUUUCCUCUUGGAUUUGGUCAUGCUCAUAAUUAUAUAGCACCUCGAUCAGUAUUGAUUGGAGAUGCUGCUCAUAGAAUGCACCCUUUAGCUGGUCAAGGAGUUAAUUUAGGAUGGUCAGAUGUUAGAAUAUUAGUAGAUGUUAUUGAAAAAUUAAUGAAAGAAGGUGGUGACUUGGGAAGUGUAACAUAUUUAAAAGAAUAUGAAAGUAAAGCACAAAAACACAAUCUUCCUGUAAUGGUUGGAGUUGAUUGGUUAAAUAGAUUGUAUAGAACUGAUUUUACACCAGUCGUUAUGGCACGAUCAUUAGGAUUAUUUGGUGUUAAUAAGUUGACUCCAUUGAAAGAUUUUAUAAUUCAUCAAGCAUCACAUUAG